AUGGACGCCAUAAAUCAAGUCUUUGCUCGCAAGGAGCAGGAGGGGGAACCUGCUCUUGUAACUUUUGUCACCGCGGGCUAUCCGACCCCGAAGGACACUGUGCCCACCCUGCUUGCUAUGGAGGCAGGAGGAUCUGACAUCAUUGAGCUCGGUGUACCUUUCUCCGAUCCUAUGGCUGACGGCCCAGCGAUCCAAGAGACGAACAAUGUUGCCCUAACACACAACGUCGACUAUGCGCAAUGCUUAGGAUAUGUAAGGGAGGCUCGGAGUAAGGGCCUCAAAGCUCCAGUCUGCCUGAUGGGUUACUAUAACCCCUUGCUCGCAUAUGGCGAAGAGAAGGCCAUCCAGGAUGCUGUCGAGGCCGGAGCCAACGGUUUCAUCGUCGUCGAUCUUCCUCCUGAAGAGGCUGUUUCAUUCCGCGAGAAGUGCCGGACCUACAGCGCUUCUUACAUUCCAUUGAUCGCCCCUUCAACUUCUGAGGGACGAAUCAAGUUCCUUUCAUCCAUUGCGGAUACGUUCAUCUAUGUCGUCUCGAAGAUGGGUACGACCGGCUCUUCCGACGGCGUCGCCAUGAACAAGGCAUUGCCCGAGAUUAUCGCACGCGUCAAGCAGUAUACCUCUUCCCCUCUUGCCGUUGGUUUCGGCGUCUCCAAUCGUGAUCACUUCGAGGCUGUCUCUGACGCCGGUGCUGAGGGUGUCGUCGUGGGCAGCAGACUUGCGGCCGUCAUCAAAGUCGCGCCGUCCGAUCAGAUCCCUCAAAAGGUCGAGGAAUACAUUCGCACGCUCAGUCUGAAGGGGCAGCCAGCACGCCCACGGGUCUCCCGCGCGAACACACAGCAGCGCGCCGAGAUCAAGGAGAAGACCGGAGAGGCAAUUCCGUCGAAUGUCACCUAUGCGCUUCCCGCCCGUUUCGGUGACUUCGGCGGUCAAUACGUGCCCGAGGCCCUGUUCGACUGCCUUGUCGAGAUCGAGGAGGCCCAUAGGCAAGCGAUGGCGGACCCGGAGUUCUGGAAGGAGUGGGAGUCUCUUUACGCCUACUCGAACAGGCCGUCGAACCUGUACUUCGCUGAGCAAUUGACGAAGCACGCAGGUGGCGCGAAGAUCUGGUUGAAGCGGGAGGACUUGAACCAUACUGGCUCGCAUAAGAUCAACAACGCUCUUGGUCAAAUUUUGCUCGCUCGCCGAUUGGGCAAGAAGCGCAUCAUCGCGGAGACAGGUGCCGGUCAGCACGGUGUGGCCACUGCAACCGCAUGCGCGAAGUUUGGUCUCGAGUGUGUGAUCUACAUGGGCGCGGAGGAUGUUCGUCGGCAGGCUUUGAACGUCUUCCGUAUCCAGAUGCUCGGCGCAAAGGUUGUCCCUGUGACGUCCGGAUCGCAGACCCUCAAAGACGCCGUGAACGAGGCUAUGCGCGACUGGGUGACCAAUCUCUCUACAACUCACUACCUGAUCGGCUCGGCCAUCGGCCCUCACCCAUUCCCCACUAUCGUCCGCGACUUCCAGCGCGUCAUCGGCAAGGAGAUCAAGGAUCAGCUACAAAAGGCCGCGGGGAAGCUUCCCGACGCUGUUGUUGCUUGCGUCGGAGGAGGCAGCAACGCCAUCGGCGCAUUCUUCGACUUCAUCCCGGACAAGAAUGUGCGCUUGAUUGGUGUCGAGGCAGGCGGUGACGGUGUGGACACGGACAAGCACAGCGCGACGCUCUCAAAGGGUGUUGUUGGUGUCUUCCAGGGCGUUAGGACAUAUUUGCUUCAGUCGCCGGAAGGUCAGAUCAUCGAGACGCACUCUAUCAGCGCUGGACUGGACUACCCUGGUGUCGGUCCUGAGCACGCUUGGUUGAAGGAUACUGGUCGCGCCGAGUAUGUUGUUGCUGACGACGAGGAGGCACUUCGUGGCUUCCGCAUGUUGACCCAGCUUGAGGGUAUCAUCCCUGCACUCGAAUCCUCACACGCGGUGUGGGAAGCAGUUCGUAUGGCCAAGACAUUGCCCGCUGACCAGGACAUCGUUGUUUGCUUAUCUGGCCGUGGUGACAAGGACGUCGAGCAAAUCUCCCAACUCCUUCCAGGCAAGUGGGCUGACAGGCUGGACUGGCACAUCGAGGUUUGA